AGUAGUACGUCUGUAACAGCAUGAACAUUAAACGUUAUUAGUCAAAUAAGCCUCAAGUAAUUCGACACUAUCAUAGAUCUAAAUACAAAAUGGGUUUACCUCACAUGGACAGAUUUUGGGUGGAGUAAAUGCUCUCGCUUCGCUCCUUCCUCUCUUGUUUACCGUACAUUUUUCUCACGUAGUAUCGGGUAGGGGGAAAUUCAUGUGCAUAUGUAUUUCAUAAUGCUGGAGUAAAACUAUAUAUUACCAUACUACUCACAUCAGGUUUAAGUUCCUUUUGUAACCAGGUAGAAGUCAGACUAGCUAGCUAACUGUUAGCUGACACUAACUUGCUUAUUAUUGACACAUAACUCGACAUAUGGAUUUUAUUUUGGUGACUUGAUCAUUUCAUGUACAUCUACUAUGGUCUUGGAGGUAGAGAAUUUAUUCGGGGUGUACAUGCUGUAUUGCACCAAUCCCAAAUUCAAGGGUCGUAUCUACAUUGGUUUCACUGUGAAUCCGGAGCGUCGUAUAGGACAGCACAACGCCGGGCGACACCGAGGUGGAGCGAAGAGGACCAGUGGAAGGGGACCUUGGGAGAUGGUUCUCAUCAUUCAUGGCUUCCCCUCUGACAUAGCUGCUUUGAGGCCUCUUCGGAGUUGGCACCAGGCUCAUGGCAAAGAGGGUCUCUUCAUCCUCCUUCCUGUGAGCAUCAGGUUGGGCUGCAUCCCUCUCGACGGCUUGGAGGAGCCUCUGCUGAAAUUAUUUGAAUGGGCAUGGCAGAACCCCCACUCCUCCCGACGCCUGUCCCACGUCACCCGGCGCUCAAAGAAGGAAUCCAGCCUGCAGUUCCACUGGCGUGUGGUGUCCAACAUGUUGCGGGUGAUGCCGUGGAGCCGCCUGCCCCUCACCACCCGCUGGCUCAAGCAGGAGUACAGGAUGGACUUUGAGCCUGGCCUUCAGCCGCCGCUGCAUGUCCCUUUGGCCUUCGGCAGCAUCAGGGCCAGGAAACCGAAACCGAAGGAUGUGGAAGAGGAACAAGAGGAGAAGGGUGCAGAUAUAUGCCUCCUUUGUCAGGGGACUGUUAAGUCUGCAGAUAAGAUGACCUGCUUCCAUCCCUUAUGUCACAUGACCAGCCACGUGAUUUGCUUAGCCAAACACUUUCUGACGGGUGAGGCCGCACAUCUCCUUCCUGUGGAAGGGGAGUGUCCCGGUUGCCGUCACUCAGUACUGUGGGGGAGUCUGAUUCGCCACAAGAAUGGCUGUUACGGAGACCUGGAGAAGAACACAUCCUCAUCCCAAAACCAUUGGACAGAUGAACUGCAGUUCUAAUCUGAAUGUGAUCAGUCAGAACCUUCCUAAUAUGAACUUUGAACUGCUACCGAGUCACCAUGACUGUACAGAGAAAAGACUGCGAAGAUAGGAUGAAAUACAGUAGAUCAAUGACUAGCAAGUUACUCUUUAAUGGACUUCCUGCAACAGCAAAGGGUUGAUCAAUUGAUUGAUCCAUCAGAAGAUUUAAUGAAUGCACAAAAAUCAUGCUGAUCUGGUGUGAAAAAUGUUUUUAAUGCAGCAUCUGAACCCUUUUUAGAUUGUAUCUGUUAACUAAAAAACAAUCAUGAAUAAGGCAGUUUUAAAUGUGUGUGUAAAACCUAUAUGUAUUGUAUGUACAACAAAUAAAACAUAGAUGCUUUGUUUUGGAGCCAAGGAAAGCACACGUUUUUGACCCUGA